CUUCUUAGAAUAUCUUUGUACAGUCAAUAAUGUUUUCGGGUGAUUUCAAUUAUAAUCACGUAGUUUGUAGUCCCGAUUCGCUUCUGACAAGGUGCUUUUUAUCAGAUGAAUCGCAUUCAAUCUUCCUUAAAAUUGUAUAAUUUUUAAGGGAAUUGAGGAAGAUUUCACAGGAAGACGACAAGAUGACUUGAACAGUUUUGAUGAGCAGUGAGAUCUAGUCUGGCAUAUAUUACACUUGUAUCCAGUCUUUUCCUCGAGAAACCCUCCAGCCAUGGCGGCAUCACAGUACGACAAGCUACGGGAGAAAAACAAGAAGUAUCCCAACAUCGACAACCAUUACAAAUACAACCGACUGGUGAUGGAGGAUACGUGUGCAGCUUUGUAUGGCAUCAUCCUGCAAGAUAUAAGGAUGGGAAAAGCUGAACUCCUCAAGGAAGCCAAGUUCAUCCAGGGACGUCUGUAUGAGACACUCACCUACAUCCUUGAGAGACAAGGAAAGACUCUAGACCAGGUCAUGAUGGAGUUCGAACAUUCGAAGAUGAAGUACCUACGAAGUCGUACCAUCGUUCAACCUCGUGUUGAUAUGGUGCUUGCCCAACAAGAACCACAGCAACAGCUCAUCUCAGCAAUCAUGAUCAGAAAACGAACAGCGGGCUACGAACCUGAUGUGCGGAGUGUUCGCUCGGACAUGGCUAGGUUAGCCUACCUCAUCCUGGAGAAGGUCUUCCGCUUCGCCUUCUACAUCUGGAUCGGAACGCUGGAAGAGCUCCGGCACCAAGAGAUGACACACAGCCUGACCACGCUAUGCGAGGCCGAGGGCGAAAUCAAGAACCAUCUCGUCCUCCGUAAGCACACCCUGGUCAUGCCGAGGAUCGGUAAACCCAUCCCGUCAACGUUCAUGACGACGCUCCUGGUUAAUAAGAUCUCUCCUGAUUUCUGCGUGCGGCUCUAUAGGGUGGAACCGGAGUCCUCCAUGUGGGAUGAUAGGGAGGAUGACGUCACAAGGUUACAUGAUUUUUAUAGCAGUAAUUCUCAGCUAAAUACAGGCUAUGGUAUGUGGGGUAUAAGCGGUCAGAUAAGUAACGUUAGGAACCAAGUCAAGAAAGUUCGUGACUAUGUCGAGGCAAAUCUCUUCGACCGUGCUCGAGCGAUGCUGAUGAUGGCUCGAGUGAUGUUCACCGAUCUCCUGGUCGUCAAGAAUCUUGAGAAGGACGACGCAGAGGAGACAGACUACCUCAAACAUCUCCUGGAUGAACUCAAAGUCGAAAUUCAGCAGGAAUUGGAAAAAAGAGAGGGGCUGUCGACAUCGGAAUCGGACGAGAGUGAUGAUUGAAGACACUGACGAUUUCGAUCAUGAUCAUGGAGAAAACUGAAGAGUCAGAAUGGACAUUAUGUAACAAAGAGGAACAGGCGUUUGUGUAUGUGUGUGAAAGAUAAUGAGAGAGGAAACAAGACGGAUGAUUUAAGAUAAGGUGAAAAACUACAUAGACAGAGGGAAGAAGAUUCUAUAUGGCGCUUGUUUUCAUUAUUAAUGCCAUAUUUUGUACCAUCAAUAAAGUCAGAAUAAACAGUAGAUGGAAUUAUCUUUUAAGUAGAAAUAGGUAAAGAGAGGCAGAGUGAGAUAAAAA